CUGAACCGAAUUAAUGAUGAUUCAGUCACAAACGAUUCGGUUCUUUGAAUCAGUUUUUUAACUGAAUGUUGAGAAUCGACUCGCUUAUAUGAGUCGAUCGAUUGAUUGAUUCUUUUUCGUAGACAUAGGCAAUGCUGUUACUCUUGCUGUGUAUUUAUUUAACCAAAACGCUUUAAUUGAAACAUGAGUAUAAACAAUGUUUACUGUAUUAGUGCCUUUGUGAUCUAACAGUGAUUUCAUACAUAUUAGUUAUUCUGUUCAUUAUAGAAACAUUUCAAUGUUUAUUCAAUAAUUUUAUGUAGAGUUUAGAACAUAAAUAUUAUUGGAAAUAUUGUGAAGGUGGUUUGGUUGGGGAAAAAUGGCAGUGGAACCGUGUGUAAGCUGAAAGAGUCGACUCUAAUUGAUGUACAGGACCAAAUGAUCUGACACACUUUAAAUUCCUAACAAUACUACAUGCAGAUUUCAUAUAAUGUAAAAACUAUCAUGAUGUUUGACUGUGUAGCCUCAAAAAAGAGUUACAGAAACCUCUGCUGGUACAAAGAUGCCCGCCGGCGUGUCUUGGCCAAGAUACACGAAAAUGCUCGUGGCCAGUGUGUUGUCCAUGUUUGCUGGUGCUGAAGUUGUCCAUCGGUAUUAUCGCCCUGAUUUGAGCAUCCCAGAGAUUCCUCCGAGGCCUGGAGAACUGCAGACAGAGCUUCUUGGAUUGAAGACACAACAGACGGCUUCUGAGAAACACUAAUGUCAGUUUCCACACAGAAGUGUGUAGAUAUGUAUAAACUGAACAUAACGAUAUAAACAUGUUACAGUGACAUGACCUUGUAAUAUUUUGUGAAAUUCCAUAGGAAGGAAGAAUAAAGUUAUUUGUAUUUUUAUAUAAUCAAUAAAA